AUGUCUUUCUUUUUGGUGUUAACUAGUCGUAUUAAGUUCCCAUCCAAGAUUUCCUUGGUUUUGCGGGGUAACAUCCCUUAUCAUCCGUUUUUCUUCUUCCUUCCUCUGUUUUUCUGCUUCCUCUUCUUCCUCAAUGAGGUUUCAAAAAUUGAACACCAUCCCUAUGGAGAUGUUAGGAGAGAACAUAACCACCACAGACCGAAACGCGUUAAGAACAUGGCUAGCAGUAGUGUUGUCGGCGUGUCAACUCUCCAUGACAAAGAUGAGAGCUAUCUUAACUCUGAAAAAUACGCCGAAGAACUGCAACUUCAAGAGGCGCUCAUAUAUUCAGAAGCAUCAAUAUCAUCCUCUUCAUCCCAACAGGAUGCAUCAUCAUCAUCCGAAAACGAUGCAUCAUCAAUAUCAUCAUCAUCAUCCCAAAAUGAUACAUCAUCAACGCCAUCGUCAGCAUCUCAAAAUGAUGCAUCAUCAACAUCAUCGUCGUCGUCAUCCUUAAACGAUUCAUCAUCAUCAUCAUCAGCAUCAUCAAUUCCAGAAACGUCCACACCUACACAUUCAUUGAAGAUGAAGGAGCCAGUGGUGACAUCUGAUGCAUCCCAAUCAUCCGAGAGCUUCUUCUGCGACAUUUGCAUGGACACAAAGUCCUCAUCAGAAAUGUUUUCAAAAGCAACAGUUUGCGGCCAUCUGUACUGCUCUGAUUGUAUAUCCGGACACGUAUCUGCGAAGAUUAAAGAGAACAUCACGAAUGUGAAGUGUCCGGACCCAAAAUGCAAAGAGGUAAUUGGCCCUGAACAUUGUCGAGCCAUAGUCCCAAAAGAAGUACUUGAAAGGUGGGAGGAAGCUUUGUGCGAGUCUUUGAUCCUGGGUACUCAGAAAUUCUACUGCCCGUUUAAAGAUUGUUCAGUCAUGUUGGUGGAUGAUGGUGGAGAGUCUGUGACAUCGUCAGAAUGCCCAAACUGCCACAGAUUGUUUUGUGCGCAGUGUAAGGUGGCAUGGCAUUCAGAGAUGGAUUGUAAUGAGUUUCAAAGCCUGAAUGAGGAUGAGAGAAAUCCAGAGGAUAUAAUGUUGAUGCAGCUUGCCAAGAGCAAAGAAUGGAGAAGGUGCCCAAGCUGCAAUAUUAUUGUGGAAAAACAAGAAGGUUACCGACUGAUCUCUCUUGUUGCAGAUGUGGGAAUCAUUUUUGUUAUGGAUGUGGGAAAAUACAUGUUGGAAGCUAUGCUUGUGAUGUUUGAUUUGGCAUGAUGGUGUUGUGUAGAAUUUUUGAGUAAAUGGGAUUUAUUUAUCAUUUUAAACCAUAACUAAAGUGAUACAUUCUAAUUGCACAUUCUUGCUUUUUAAAAUUUCCUAUGGUUUCUUAAGAUAAUAUAAAGGCAUGACGAAAAUGUUUAUUUGAACA